UCAGAAACUUAACGAGAAGGGAGAGGCACCUCUGAGCGGAGACCAGGCACAACUUCUUGACACAUCUGUGACAACAGAGACCUUCAGCAGAGAUGAACGCCUCACCCCCUGCAGGAAGCGCCCUGACCACUGGUGCCGUGUCCGGCCCCACUACACCCAAGAAGGGACCACCCAAGUUCAAGCAGAGGCAGACCCGCACAUUCAAGAGCAAGGCCCCCAAACCAGGCCAGAAGGGCUUCGGUGACGAUAUUCCUGGAAUGGAGGGUCUUGGCACAGACAUCACAGUGGUGUGCCCAUGGGAAGCCUUUGGCGACAUGGAGCUCAGCGACUUGGCCAAAUACGGCAUCAUCUAAACCUGCUGCCUCCUGCCUGCCUUGCCUGCCUGUACCACUCCUCUCUCUAAUCCUCCCCGCCCGGCCUUCCCUCUAUCUCAGCCUGGCACGCCACGAUAAGGCUGCCAGCAAACCCCCUAAUGCCCUCUCGUCUAUCUACCUCAGGCUUUACUCCACUAAGUGGAGCAAAUGCAUGACAAUGCUCUUAUUUUUAUAUUAUUAUUAUAUGAUACUGUAUAUAACAGUAUAUAAUAUAUACUUGAAAUGAUAUGACGAGAAAAAAAGAAAUCCAAAUACCUUAUUCCCUUUUCCUUCAUUCCACUACAAUAGUCUACCUCUGACUUUACCUCUCUUCUCCUCUUUUUGUCUUUCCUUUAUACCUCUGCCACUCCUGUCGCACGGCAAUGGACGCAAGCAAAACACUAGUCACUACUAGCUUGUAUUUGCUCCUAGCUGUCUGUUAAAAUGUAAAUAUUUUUUGUUUUCAGUGUUGAACCUUUUUACCUUGUCUUCCUGCUUACCUUUUUUACUCCCCUCCUUGUUACAGUCUUCUCUCCUGUUUGCAUUGUAUUUGCUACUCCUUGUGUGCAAAGCUGUUGUAAACACCAAGGGAAAAAGGGGGCGCAAGGCGGGUGUGCAAUAUAUUGAGAUGAUCAAAACUACAAUGCACUUUUGUAUUAUUAUGAUGGAGUAACAACCUCUUAUCCCACUCUCUCUCUCUCCUUGCCACUAUCCCAACCCACAUCCCUCCUUGCAGAAAAUACAGACAUUUAUUUUGUGUAACAAAACACAAUACCACAGAAAAUGUACUGUAAGCUGGUGUGUCCUGAUAGCUGAAGUAAAAAAAAAAAAAGUGUUUAUUUUC